AUGGGUUGGCGUUUAACCGACUUAUUCUCCACGUCAGACUCGUCAUCCGCCACGUCACACUCUCAGCAAACCGCCAGCCACGUGUCCUCGUCUUCCUCCGCCACCCACGUGUCAUCCACACCGUCAGCAGUACCACCAUCAGCAGCAGCGCCUGCGGUUCCUGGAGCGGCGAUCGCGGCGCCGACAUCUCGAGCCGCGUCUGAAACCGCAUAUCGAGCCGCAGGGCAUAGAUAUGGCGUCGCACCGGGUGGUAACUCUCACAUGUCGCGCCUCGACGCCGCAGCCGCCGCCGCCGCCGCCGCGCCGCUCGCCACCGCGCCAGGCGCAACGCCCGCCGUGAUCGUUCUCGCGCCCCCGCAACGACCCUCCUCUUCCGCCAUCUCCCCGCUUCCGCCGUCCGCCUUCGCGCCUUUCGCGCGCGGCGGCAGCCCCGCGGCCGUUCCGCCGCUAGCCCGCCCCGACGCUUCCCCCUCCGCAACUCCCCCUUCCGACGCUGCGGGGGACACGUUUUUCUCCCCGCGAGACUCGUUUUCUUCCGCGCAUGGGUUUUCCGCCCGGGAAUCUUCCUCGCCUUUUAGUCACCACUCGCUAGACUCCGCCCACCCGUCGAGUCGCGUUUCUAGUGGCGCUGUGCUGCAAUUCGUAUACGCCAUUGCGGUGGUGGAUAGAGACGAGCUUUGGAAUUACCCUGGGGUUCCCCCGCUGCUGAUCCUCUUCGCCCUCUCCCCUCCCCCCUCGACGUUCUCCCCCGCCCUUCCCCCCACCAUUCCCCGCGCCGUUUUACCCCGGCUCUCCCCUCCCCUCCCCCUUCACCCCCAUCAGAUCGCAUACACCCAGCUGGUUGUGAGACGAGCGCUGGGCUUUGCCCAGGGCUUCCUCCUGGUGACUUUUGAGUCGACUCAAAAGUCACCUCGUUACAAGGGCUUCCUCCUGUUAGUCCUCUGUUCCAACGCCCAAACCCCCGCGCCCUUCCCCACCACCCCUUCCCGCGCCCUCCCCCUUUUUCCCCACUCCACCUCCUGCAGAAUCGCAUACACCAUGCUGGUUGUGAGACGAGCUCUGGGAUUCGCUCGGGGUUUCCCUCUGCUGAUCCUCUUCGCCCACGUGGCAGCGCUGCUGCUUGCCACGUGGAUGGGCGUGUGGACGUUCGGCGUGUCGGGGAUCAUGGCUCAGGACCAAGCUAAACUGGAAAGAUGGUGGAUAUUACUGCUCUUCGCCAUGAGCAUCUUCUGGACGGCGGCGGUCGUCUGCAACAUGGUCCACGUGGUGACAGCUGGCGUGAUGUCAGCGUGGUUCGCCGCCAGCUCAGCAGAGCAGAACGCCAGCUCAGCGGCGGCAGGGGAGGGGGCGUCAGCAGCGGAGGAGGGGCGGGGGGGUGCAGCGGUGCCACCCCAGCAGUUCCAGCUGGCGCCAGGGCGGAUCACUCUGGAGGCCACGUGGCAUGCUCUGAUUGGCCUUGGGAGUAUCUGCUACGGGUCGCUUUUCAGCCCUCCGAUUCACGUGAUCCGAUGGAUGAUCCGGGGAGUGCGUUCAUGGUGCAUCGGCAACGAGUGCUUCUUCUUCAUUAUCAACCUUGCAUUCAACUUCAUCGAAGCUCUCACCCGUGCCUUCAACGCGUUCGGCUUUGUCACGGUGAGUGCAAGCCCUUGUGAGGCGCCUCAAAACAUUGCCAACGAGUGUUUCUUCCUCAUCUUUAACCUUGCAUUUAACUUCAUUGAAGCUCUCACCCGUGCCUUCAACGCGUUCGGCUUUGUCACGGUGAGUGCAAGCCCUUGUGAGGCGCCUCAAUACAUUGCCAACGAGUGUUUCUUCCUCAUCUUUAACCUUGCAUUUAACUUCAUUGAAGCUCUCACCCGUGCCUUCAACGCGUUCGGCUUUGUCACGGUGAGUGCAAGCCCUUGUGAGGCGCCUCAAAACAUUGCCAACGAGUGUUUCUUCCUCAUCUUUAACCUUGCAUUUAACUUCAUUGAAGCUCUCACCCGUGCCUUCAACGCGUUCGGCUUUGUCACGGUGAGUGCAAGCCCUUGUGAGGCGCCUCAAAACAUUGCCAACGAGUGUUUCUUCCUCAUCUUUAACCUUGCAUUUAACUUCAUUGAAUCUCUCACCCGUGCCUUCAACGCGUUCGGCUUUGUCACGGUGAGUUCAAGCCCUUGUGAGGCGCCUCAGAACAUUGCCGACGAGUGUUUCUUCCUCAUCUUUAACCUUGCAUUUAACUUCAUUGAAGCUCUCACCCGUGCCUUCAACGCGUUCGGCUUUGUCACGGUGAGUGCAAGCCCUUGUGAGGCGCCUCAAAACAUUGCCAACGAGUGUUUCUUCCUCAUCUUUAACCUUGCAUUUAACUUCAUUGAAGCUCUCACCCGUGCCUUCAACGCGUUCGGCUUUGUCACGCUGGCCAUGUACGGGAGGAGUUUCAAUCGCUCGUCGGUCGAUGCAUGGGAGCUCUUUCAAUCCACAGGAGUAGAAGCAGUGAUAGCAUACGACCUCUCAGGCGCCGUGCUGCUCAUGGCCGUGAUGCUGGCGGCGAUGGUGGCGGGGACGGCAGCGGGCGUGUGGGGGUGGUACGUGGCUCAAGAGCUGGUGGUGGUGAUUGGAGCAAUGGGGAUCGUCACAGGAGCAGCAAUGGCGGGUGUGGUGCUAUCAGUGGUGGAGGGAGCAGUCACAGCGACCUAUGUCACAGCAGCAGAGGACCCGACUCUCAUUGGCUGCGUCGACGCUGAGUUUGCCGCCCAGUUGCUAGACACGCUCCACCAGCGGUUACAGCACCGCAGCGGCAAGCCGCUGCCGCCCAGCCUGGCAUCAGAUGGUCUUGUUGGGGGGGUGCCGGCAACAUGA